CGGGGUUUUGGAUCCCAUGAUCAGCAUCACGUCUCCCGCAUUGUUCUCCCCACAGCAGCUCCUCCCCGCUCGGCCUGUGCCCGGGGGAGGAGUGGGCAGCGCCAGGGACGCCCGCGCUCCAGCCCUGGGGGUGACCGUACCCGAAACAGUGCCGUUAAUCCACUUCUCCUCUCUUGGUCUGUUGUCCGUAGUUGCAACACAUGCAGGAUCUUAAAAAUGUAUUGUUCUUCCUUUCACCAAUGAGUUCCAGAAGCUCACUACCUUUUGCGUUAAAAUAUAUAAACCCUCUCCAAUCCUUCCUCCAGUUAAUGCUGUGCACCUAAUUAUUCAGAUAAAUUGUUUUAUUGGUUUGCAGUGAAAUACAGUGAGAAACUUUGUUUUGCAUGCCAUCCACACAGAUUUGAAUACAUCAGUACAUCUAGGUAGUACAAGGCAAACGCAAUAACAGAAUGCAGAAUGUAGUGUUACAGUUACAGCCAGAGUGCAGUGCAGGCAGAUGAUAAGGGCAAGGUCAUGACAAGGUAGUUUGUGAGGUCAAGGUUCCAUCUUAAUGUACAAGAGGUCCAUUCAAUUGUCUUAUAACAGCGGGAUAGAAGCCAUCCUCAAGGCUUGUGAUGAUUUUGGAGUGGAGACAGCAGAGGAAGCUACAGAACCUUCAGAACCAGACAUCAACGAACUCUGUAAGGAUAUGUUUACCAAAAUGUCUGUCUAUCUGCAAGGAGAGCUUACAGCUACCUGUGAAGAUUACAAACUAUUGGAGAACAUGAACAAACUGACUGGACUUAAGUACCUGGAGAUGAAGGAGAUUGCUGUUAAUAUUAACCGCAACCUCAAAGAUCUAAAUCAGAAAUAUGCUAGUCUACAACCGUACCUUGAUCAGAUUAGUCAGAUUGAGGAACAAGUAGCAGCGCUGGAACAAGCAGCAUACAGAUUGGAUGCGUACUCCAAGAAACUAGAAGCUAAAUUUAAGAAAUUAGAGAAACGAUGACGUCCACUACAUUGAAGGUGUCAUGAAUGAUGUAUGUUCACCUGUGGGUAGAUGAUGUUCAAGCGACUGGAAAAAGAACUAGACAACUGAUGAAACUUUCAUGUGGUGAUGGAGCGAGUAUUGAUUUGUCCUGCACUGACAAAUCUACAGUGAAGACUGAAUUAGAGCAUUCUUUUACCUGUAUAUACGGGCAAGCAGUUAAGCUACAAGUAAACUAUUUGGACUAGCUAUGUUGCAGUUACUAACUAUUUUGUAAUAAUAGGAAUUGUUUCCUGUACAAACAGCUUAAAAGCUUAACUUGCUGUUCUGUUGAAUUUAUUUAACUGGGUUGUUUCUUCUCUGUCUGAAUCUGUUCUGUGAUCGAUGGGGUGUAGCCACUGGGUCAUUCCUAUGAGCACAAGCGUGGAGUGAGAAAAGGCUUUGGAGUCUUCAGCUCGCCCCCUUCCACAGACAGAGCCUCAGUUGUGUGCAGAGGUGGUUCAGCAACCAUCUUGCUAAAUUAUGAAAACUGCUUUUAGAUGGUAUAUUGAAUCUUAAUCAAUUGUUUAUAAUAGUUCAUAAAUUCUCGUUGAAGAUGCUGAUGACUAAUGUAGAUUCUUCUCAAAUCAAUUUGGUGUAUAGAAGGGAGAUUUUUUGGUGUUUUGUAUGAAAGCAAUCAAAAAGCAAUCUGGAACAAAUGGUCCUUAUCGUGCUGUAAGUAUUGAACUGAAGUGUAGAUCUCCAUAAUCUGUUCACAGUAGUGGUGGAUUAGUUAAACGUUAGUACAAUCUGGUACAGUGCUACGUCGAACUUGAAAUACCUAUGGUUUGUACUAAUGGUGACUUGCCAUGGCAUAUUGAAAAUAAUGAAUGAAAUGCUGAUCAUUUACGUUGAACAAUUAUAAAGCAUAUCUUUUCCUUCUCGCUUA